AUGCGCUACUGCGAUAACCAAUCAAUUCCACUAAACGAAUCGUUGCAGAACGUCUUCUGCGCAUUGGUCCAAUGGCAGUGGGUGUUGGUCGGAAUUGCUGGCGGGAUUUCGAUACCUCUAUAUAUACUGGUUCUACGGUUAUUGCUUAAAUUACGAUCUACAGUCAACUUUGGGUCUCCAUUUUAUACAUUGCUGUUUUCACAGGGAGUGCUUGAUAUUGGAGGCUUUUUAAGCUAUUUCUUCUUUUCGGAUUUGCGCCAUGUUAUAAAGGGUUUAUUCUGGUAUAUUCGCGAGAGCUAUCUACCCUCUCUUGGCUACGCUUGCGAACAAAUAUUUCUGGUGGGAAGAAUUCUUGGGGUUACCUUACUGGCGCUUCAACGUAUUGCAUCUGUCACGUUUCCAAAUUCAAUGAUGAAUUAUGCGUUUAAUGGAUUUCCAAAAGCGCUACUAAUUGGCUCACACUGGGCCUUACCAAUCCUCUCAAGCGUCCCGGUAUUAACGCAAUACCAUACCUACGAUGAUGAAGUCAAAAUGAAUCUGGUGGUACCGAUGUUGGAUUUUACGAUUAACGCGCUUUCUGUGGCGGUCCUAGCUUCCGUUUCACUUGUCGUUGUCACAUUUUGCUUUGUACGAAUUUUACUCCAGAUUACGGUAGAUUUGGCUGUCGGGAAUCAUAGCAGAAGAGCUAGGAAAGAGCUGUCUGCGACGUUUAUCCUGGCCGGAAUGCUGGCCGGUUACUAUCUUUGUUCUGGAUUUCAUUUGCUGCAGUAUUUCUAUGUUAGUACGAGGGAUCAAGAGAAAAUUGAUCAAAUCUACGCAAUUCGUCUGUUUUACCCAACCAUGAACGCGAUUUUCUCUCUGAUUACACCAUGGCUAAUUUGCAUAUGUAAUGACGAGAUUCGAAAAAUGAUCUGCUUUUCAAAAGCGGAAAUUGACGCCUAUCAACGGAAAAACCUGGCGAAUAAUGUA